GCCGCCGCUGGUGGGGGAGCCGCGGGGUUGGGGGGGGAGGAGGGCGCGCGUGGUGCCGGCGGGGAGCGGCGGCGCCCCCUCCUCCGCCUCCUCCGCCUCCUCCUCCUCCGGCGCCGCGGGCUCCUCGGACAUGGCCGCGGCGGUGGCGGUGGCGGCCGCGUCCCGGCGGCAAUCGUGCUACCUGUGUGACCUGCCCCGCAUGCCCUGGGCCAUGAUCUGGGACUUCACCGAGCCCGUGUGCCGCGGCUGCGUCAACUACGAGGGCGCCGACCGCGUCGAGUUCGUCAUCGAGACGGCGCGGCAGCUCAAGCGGGCGCACGGCUGCUUCCCGGAGGGCCGCUCCCCGCCAGGCGCCGCGGCCCCGGCCGCCGCCAAGCCGCCGCCGCUCUCGGCCAAGGACCUCCUCCUGCAGCAGCAGCAGCAGCAGCUCGGCCACGGCGGCCCCGAGGCGGCCCCGCGCGGCCCGCAGGCCCUGGAGCGCUACCCCCUGGCGGCCGCCGCCGCGGAGCGGCCCCCGCGCCUCGGUUCCGACUUCGGCGGCAGCCGCCCAGCCGCCGGCCUGGCCCAGCCGCCGACGCCGCAGCCGCCGCCCGUGAACGGCAUCCUGGUGCCCAACGGCUUCUCUAAGCUGGAGGAGCCGCCCGAGCUGAACCGCCAGAGCCCGAACCCGCGGCGCGGCCACGCCGUGCCGCCCACCCUGGUGCCGCUCAUGAACGGCUCGGCCGCGCCGCUGCCCGCCGCGCUCGGCCUCGGUGGCCGCGCCGCCGCCUCGCUGGCCGCCGUGUCCGGGGCUGCGGCCGCCGGCCUGGGCUCGGCGCCGCCCGCCGACCUGGGCGCCCACAAGCGGCCGGCGUCCGUGUCCAGCAGCGCGGCCGGGGAGCACGAGCCCCGCGAGGCGGCGGCCAAGGAGAAGCCGCCGCCGCCGCCCUCGCACCGCGGCCCGGCCGACAGCCUGUCCACCGCAGCUGGGGCGGCCGAGCUGGGCCCCGAGGGCGCGGGCAAAGGCCGCGGGCCCGGCGAGCAGGACUGGGUCAACAGGCCCAAGACCGUGCGAGACACGCUGCUGGCGCUGCACCAGCACGGCCACUCGGGGCCCUUCGAGAGCAAGUUUAAGAAGGAGCCGGCCCUGACUGCAGGCAGGUUGUUGGGUUUCGAGGCCAACGGGGCCAACGGGUCUAAAGCAGUUGCAAGAACAGCAAGGAAGAGGAAGCCUUCUCCAGAGCCGGAAGGUGAAGUCGGGCCCCCUAAGAUCAAUGGAGAGGCCCAGCCGUGGCUGUCCACGUCCACAGAAGGGCUCAAGAUCCCCAUUACGCCUACGUCCUCUUUUGUGUCGCCACCACCACCCACUGCCUCACCUCAUUCCAACCGGACCACACCGCCUGAAGCGGCCCAGAACGGCCAGUCCCCCAUGGCAGCCCUGAUCCUAGUAGCAGACAAUGCGGGGGGCAGCCACGCCUCGAAAGAUGCCAACCAGGUGCACUCCACUACCAGGAGGAAUAGCAGCAGCCCCCCCUCUCCGUCCGCCAUGAACCAAAGAAGGCUAGGCCCCAGAGAGGUGGGGGGCCAGGGGGCAGUCAGCACAGGAGGACUGGAGCCAGCGCACCCUGCCAGCCUCCCGGACUCCUCUCUGGCAGCCAGCGCCCCGCUGUGCUGCACCCUCUGCCACGAGCGGCUGGAGGACACCCACUUUGUGCAGUGCCCGUCCGUCCCUUCGCACAAGUUCUGCUUCCCUUGCUCCAGACAAAGCAUCAAACAGCAGGGCGCUAGUGGAGAGGUCUAUUGUCCCAGUGGGGAAAAAUGCCCUCUUGUGGGCUCCAAUGUCCCCUGGGCCUUUAUGCAAGGGGAAAUUGCAACCAUCCUUGCUGGAGAUGUGAAAGUGAAAAAAGAGAGAGACUCGUGACUUUCCGGUUUCAGAAAAACCCAAUGGUUACCCUUAACUAGAACUGCUUGAAUUGUAUAUAUAUCUCCAUAUAUAUAUAUAUAUCCAAGACAAGGGAAAUGUAGACUUCAUAAACAUGGCUGUAUAAUUUUGAUUUUUUUGAAUACAUUGUGUUUCUAUUUUUUUUUUUUUUUGACGACAAAAGGUAUGUACUUAAAAAGGCAUUUUUCUCUUUUGUUAACGUUAUUAGCAUAUCUCCGUGCUUUAUUACCCCGGUGACAGUUACCGUUCGAUGUAGGCUGUGACUUGCGCUGCUUUUUUAGAGCACUUGGCAUAUCAGAAAUGCUUCUAGCUGUAUUUGUAUGCACUUAUUUUAAAAAGAAAAAAAAAAGCCAAAUACAUUUUCUGACAUUGUAAGAUUGCCUUACUGUCUGUUAUUCCUUAUCGCUGGCCCCUUUCUCAGGCUGGAGGCCAACUGGUGGAGAAGGAAAGGAAGUGAGCGAAAGGGGCACUGCUGUGAAGCGGGCAUGCCACUGGGCAGUGUCACCAUGUUCCCCCCCAUACAUUGUCCUUUUAGAGCAAUAGGAAGUAGAUUUUGAGUCUUUCUCGAUUUUGUUCUUAAAGUUCGGUUGUUGGGAUAUUGAUGACUGAGAGUUGCUGCUGAGAGAUUUUCAGGACUGUGGUUUGGGGGAGGGGGGAUUUUUUUUUUUUUAAGGCAAAGUUGACCACUGUUCACUGCCCACGUGAUCAGUUGUAAGAUUACAAUGCUGCAUGCAAGUUGGUUACAUAAUACACAAUUCAGUGACUCAAGGCAGUGAUAACGGAUGGUGGUGUGUACAAGAUGGCACUGCCAUCUUUGAACAGAGCCUGGCUCUGCAGCGCCACUCGGUCUUUCGGAACAUCCUGGAGCUCUGUCUGUUGUUUGUCGUUUCCUUUGAAAAGAGUCGAAAGACAAGUUACAGUCCAGGUGAACUUGGAGAUUGUGGGAUUGGUUUCGUUUCUGUUUUGUGUUUUGUUGUGUUUUUUUUUAAUCAUUUCCCUGUAGUGCUCUGGCUGUUGAUACUAUCACCUACACCCUGUUUCUAGUGCGUGCUGAAUACAGUAUGGUACAAUGACAGUAAGAGCGCAUGGGGCUGCCAGGACGGCCCGUGGGCAUAUCAGUGACAGCCCAGACGGGGGUGGAGGAAACCUGCAAUUUCCUUCGUACAUGUGUUUGAAAUACCAAGUGAAUAAUGCUGUUCUUCUGGAAAAAAAAAAUGAUUAGUGAAAAUUCAAGAAAGGGUUUGACAUCAUAAGCCCCACCUCUGAAAUUAUUUUUAGAAGCCUUUUGUAAACUAAUUUCUUUUGAUCACUCUUUUGCAUCAGCAAAAUGAUUUUUUUAAACCAAUAAAUCAUCAGUUACUAGAA